CCACCGUCACCACCACCACCAUCACCACCACCACCAUCACCACCACCACCAUCACUACCACCACCGUCACCACCACCACCAUCACUACCACCACCGUCACCACCACCACCAUCACCACCACCACCGUCACCACCACCACCAUCACCACCACCACCGUCACCACCACCACCAUCACUACCACCACCGUCACCACCACCACCACCACCACCGUCACCACCACCACCAUCACCACCACCACCGUCACCACCACCACCAUCACCACCACCACCGUCACCACCACCACCAUCACCACCACCACCGUCACCACCACCACCAUCACCACCACCACCGUCACCACCACCACCAUCACCAUCACCACCACCACCACCACCACCAACACCACCACCACCACCGUCACCACCACCACCAUCACUACCACCACCGUCACCACCACCACCAUCACCACCACCACCGUCACCACCACCACCAUCACCACCACCACCAUCACCACCACCACCAUCACCACCACCACCACCGUCACCACCACCACCAUCACUACCACCACCGUCACCACCACCACCAUCACUACCACCACCGUCACCACCACCACCAUCACUACCACCACCGUCACCACCACCACCAUCACCACCACCACCGUCACCACCACCACCAUCACUACCACCACCGUCACCACCACCAUCACCACCACCACCGUCACCACCACCACCACCAUUACCACGACAUACACCGUCAUCACCGCCACCACCAUCACCAUCACCACCAUUACCACCACAUACACCGUCACCACCACCAUCACCAUCACGACCACCAUCACCACCAUCACCGUCACCACCACCACCAUCACCACCACCACCAUCACCACCACCACCACCACCACCACCACCACCGUCACCACCACCACCAUCACCACCACCACCAUCACCACCACCACCACCACCAUCACCAUCACCACCACCACCGUCACCACCACCACCAUCACCACCACCACCGUCACCACCACCACCAUCACUACCACCACCGUCACCACCACCACCACCACCAACACAACCACCACCGUCACCACCACCACCAGCACAACCACCACCGUCACCACCACCACCACCACCACCACCAUCACUACCACCACCGUCACCACCACCACCAUCACUACCACCACCGUCACCACCACCACCGUCACCACCACCACCAUCACUACCACAACCGUCACCACCACAACCGUCACCACCACCACCGUCACCACCACCACCAUCACUACCACCACCGUCACCACCACCACCAUCACUACCACCACCGUCACCACCACCACCACCAUCACUACCACCACCGUCACCACCACCACCAUCACCACCACCACCAUCACUACCACCACCAUCACUACCACCACCGUCACCAACACCACCACCACUACCACCACCGUCACCACCACCACCACCACUACCACCACUACAACCACCACCACCAAUCACACCACACCACCAUCACCACCACCACCACCACCAUCACUACCCACUCACACCACCAACAACAACACCACCACCACCGACACCACCACCACCAUCACUACCACCACCGUCACCACCACCGCCAUCACCACCAUCACUACCACCACCGUCACCACCACCACCAUCACUA